AUGGGUUCCAAAAAGGACGAAAUUUCUCCAUCUGAUGUAAUUUUGAAUAUGGACUCCGGAAAGCAGGUUAACGCUAGAUCAUUACGUGCUAACGCUUAUUUCGUCGAAGAAGAGAUACGAAAUCAAGAAGAACAUGAAAAGCAAAAAAUUGGUCAUCGACGCAUAGAUCGACAGGGCGAGGUGAGUUACAAACGUGUCCCGAGCAAUGCAUUAAUGGGAGCAAUACAAUUGGGAAUUGCGAAUUCAGUAGGCUCACUAGCUUCUAUACCAAAGAGAGAUCUCCUACUGCAGGAUUUUGAUGUUAUCCAUACUGUUUCUUUUCCAUCAAGUGGAUCACAAUCAACACCAUCUCACAGUUAUGGUGAUUUUAGAUUCCAGACUUAUGCCCCGAUUGCGUUUCGAACUUUUCGAGAUCUUUUUGCAAUUAAAACUGCCGAUUUUUUGCGUUCUGUGUGUAUGUUUCCAUUGAAAGAACUAUCAAAUGCAGGUGCAUCUGGAUCCAUAUUUUAUGUCUCACAUGAUGACCAAUUUAUAAUUAAAACGGUGCAGUCUAAAGAAGCUGAGUUUCUGAAAAAAUUACUUCCGGGUUAUUAUAUGAGUUUGGGUAAAAAUAUCCGAUUGUUACUGAUGAAUAAUUUAUUACCUCAAACAAUUAUGAUGCACGAAAAGUACGAUUUAAAAGGAUCCACCUAUAAAAGGUUGGCAUCGAAACACGAACGCGCGAAAGCUUCACCAACAUUGAAAGAUUUGGAUUUCAUUUCUGUGCAUCCCGACGGAUUGACACUUGAUGUGGGAGUAUAUGAUGCCAUUAUGAAAACUAUUAGCCGAGAUUGCUUGGUUCUUGAAAGUUUCAAAAUAAUGGAUUAUAGCCUUCUUGUCGGCAUUCAUAAUAAAAGUACAGCAAAAAAUGCGGGUGAUGCUGUUGAUGGUGGUGAACCAUCGACUUCAAAUCAAAAAACGAAAAGUAAAGCUGUUCGAGUGAAAAGUGAAAAAUUGUUGGAUUCAGAUUAUUAUAAUCAGUACGAACAGAUAUCAUUCCCAGCAAGAAAUCAACGAGGAGAUGACUUGUUAUUAUUUCUUGGUAUAAUCGAUAUUUUGCAAAAUUAUAGGUUAUUGAAAAAACUAGAACAUACCUGGAAAAGUGUUCUUCAUGAUGGUGACACUAUUUCUGUUCAUAAUCCGACAUUUUAUGCCCAGCGUUUUAUCACUUUUCUCAAAUCGCAUGUAUUCCACAUGACAGCAGCACUACGACACAGUCCUUCCAAACGGCUUUUACCUAGACGAAGCUUAACAGAAAAAGACGAAGGAGAAUUAAUUGCAGCGAUAGAUACUUCACGAAGACCUUUCAGCAAUCUGCAGAAGCCGCGAGAAAAGAAAGUUGAACGUUUAUUCGCUCCUGAUCCUGAUCCUACGGAACUGCCCAGAACAGCCAAUUUACAUUCCACAGAAGAAAAUGUCAUGGCUAGGGAAUGCACAGAAUUGAUUGAAAAAUCGAUAGAGCUUUUGAGCCUAGCACGAGAAAUCAAGAGGAUGGAACAAAAGGGUUGUUCUUGUCUUGGCGGACCCUACUUAUUGAGUGAAGAGAAGAUUAAGAGAGAAGAUAAUUUCAUUUCCAUCUUACUCGACAAAAAUUAUGAAGAGUUACCAACAAUUAUUUGGAAGAUAGAUAUUAUCUUGUAUUUGAUAAUUGGUGGAGCCGGUUUUGCAUACUUAGCAGUUUUAUCGGUAUGCAUCCUUCGACGGCAACGAUAUACAAAUUUUAAGAAACGUGAUGUUUUAAUUGAACCCCGUACUGCCGUUGCCUUAAAAUAUGAGAACGAGAAAUGUCCAGGAGGUCUGAAAAAUUCACCGUCAUCACUCUCAUCACCGUUUUCCUCGGAUAGUUCAAACACUAGUCCUGUGGUACCAAUCAUUAUUUCACCACAAUCACUGAAUCGAUUAUCCCCUUCACAACUUGGACCACAUCGAGGAUUUAUCAAUUUCACUCUUCACUACAGUAUUGAGAAUUCAACAUUACAGGUUAAUAUAAUAUCUUGUCGAGAUUUGCCAGAAUUAAUAGUAGCAUCUGAUGGUCAGUGUCUGUUGGAACCAUAUGUUAAACUUCAAUUACUACCCGAGAAACAACAUCGUGUUAAAACUCGUCUUGUUCGUGCAUCAAGAAAUCCACAAUAUGAUGAAAUAUUUUCCAUGUAUGGAAUGGAUACAUUACAGCUUGUUACGACAAGUUUACAUUUUGCGGUGAUUGCAUUCGAUCGGUACAGUCGAGAUACACUGUUAGGCGAAGCAAUAUAUUCGUUGAAAGAUGCAAAUUUGCUAAACAAUGAAAUUAUCACAGUGGAUCUGAAACUUGAAGGUCGUGGAAAAGAUGCAAAUAACGAUAAUCGUGGACAAGUAUUGCUAUCAUUGUGCUAUCA